CCCUCGCCUUUCUCCCCACGACCCCACGUCCACGACGACGUCCACGACUGCUCCUCUGGCGACCUAGGCCCCGCAACAAUGCCUCCCAAGAAACGCUACACUUACCAGGCGGACAUGCCCUACGCCCGGCAACCGCUCAAGGCCUUCUAUGUCUUCCAGAGACUGUUCACAUCCAUAGUCAUGUGUGCCUGGUGGGCCGUCUACUACAGCAUCAUGCCACGCAGUCGCCGCCCCCGACCGUCCUGGACACUCAAGUGCGUUCUCUCUGUCAACUUUACCCGGCGCAUAUACAAGGUCACGGAGCUCGCCGGCGUCACAUGGGGUACACGCGACCCCGACAAGGAGUGCAGCGGGAAGAGCCUCAAGUACACGCGCUUCGAGUGGGUGCCUCCUCUUCCGGAGGAUUUGCGUACAGGCGUCAUUGCGGACCCACAGGUUCCGUUCAGACGCGUAGGGUGCUUCGUGUGGCCGAAGGAGCGUCCAAAGAUCAUCCCUGCCUGCGUGGAUGACAAGUCCUCCCCGGCUCCCUCACAAAAUCCUCUGAUGGACCUCGAGGAGUCCGUAGGAGACGUACCAUUGAUUGGUAUAUUCUUGCACGGUGGCGGCUACUGCCAUAUGUCCGCGCAUGAGAACGCACCCACCUCCCAAAUACCUGCACGACUAAUCAAGGAUAAGGCGUUCACAGAAAUCCACUCCGUGGAAUAUCGACUCCUUCAACACGCCCCGUUCCCCGCGGCCGUGCAAGAUGCAGCGGCCGUGUACGCUCACAUAGUUCGCCGUCAUCAACGACUUUCUGUCGUGGGAAGCGGCAAGUCAAGCUCCCAGUCUUCCGGCGGCACCUCUCAAAAUGGCCACGUGGAAUACCUGACCGUAGACGGAAACUAUGGCCAGCGCGUCAAGGACAAGAGAGAGAAUGCCGAGAUCCACGCACGAUUGUCUGAAGUGAUUGCCAAUACCCACUGCAAGAUUGUGCUCAUCGGAGACAGUGCAGGCGGGAACCUCGUCCUCGCCCUGGCGCGCUGGAUUCGCGAUGAGGGUGUCCUCCCUCCCCCAGACGGUCUCCUCCUGCUUUCUCCGUCCUGUGAUCCAUCACACGCCUUCCCCGAGUCGCCUUCAUCCUACGUCCCACGUCCGCAUGCCGAAACCGACUACCUCGUAGAUACCCCCGAGCCCCGUGCGCUCCUCCAGCGCACCUUCCUCGGCCACAACCCGCUCGAGACGAUGCACUCCCCGUACGUCUCCCCCGCUUCGCAACGCGUCCUCACCGCGUUCUAUGGCGACGCGUUCGCCGCGUCGGUCGCGGACCUGACCAUCGCUCAGCUCAACGACGACCACCGCCAGUUUCUACGCACGAUGGCGAGCGCCCCAGCAACGCCUCUGCCGAUGAUGUCGCGCGACAAUUCGACGGCGUACGGGUUCGGGGACACCACCGCGCCGCUCGUCGUCGGGCCCCCGGAGAUUACCCCCACGAACACGAUAGGGACCGUUUCUUCCGGGCGGGGACGCGUGAACGGCAAAAGCAGCGUGAACGGCAGCGGCAACGACACCGGCAACGACAGUGACACAGGCAACAGCAGCGGGGACGAGGACGGGCCCCCGCACGGGCACAGGCGCAGCCCCACGAGCCUCGCGCACCCGAUGAUCGGGUCGCCGCGCGGGCUGAGCCUGUUCACCGAGUUCCCGCGGACGUGUGUGGUGCUCGGGGACGCGGAGCGGCUGGAGCGCGAGGUGACCAAGCUCGUAGGUGCGAUGGAGCGCGACGGGACGGAGGUGCACACGAUCUGGGUCAAGGACGCGCCGCACGACGUGCUGCAGAUGAAGUGGUGGGACGAGCGCGUGCGGGACACGGUGUGGAAGCAGGUCGAGGAGUGGGUCGCGACAGUGUAGAGAUUCACCGGCACUGGCAGAUGCCUGCGUCGCGUGUGGGUGUGGACGUCUGCGGCUGCGGCUGUUGAGGGUUUGCGGGAAGAUGGAACGGACUUUCGCCUGAAGAGCUUGGCACGCUAGACGUGGGGGCUGGAUAACAUGGACGCGCUGCUCUGCUGGUUUGCUUGGCUUCAUACUAUACUCUGGUUUGGAUAUACCUCUCUAUAUUCAUUUGUACUAACAUGACUGUCGAUCUUACACACGCUUGUAUCGUUUGCGCUUGAGCCGCAUCGCCUAUUCCACCGUAAGGCAUCAU